AUGCCGCGUAAAGCCACUAAAAGUGCAAGUGCUUCAGCCCCCAGGAGCAAUUCUAAACGUCCUGCACCGGAGGUUCCAGCACGGCAGUCUAAGAGAGCACGGGCUACCGCAAGGAAGUCUUAUGUCGAGCCUGAGAGCGACACGGAUAGCGACGGGAACAAACCCAAGGCAGACGUCGCACCCGACGAUGACGAGGAUGACGUUGUAGCAUCUGACUACGAGGAACAUAGCGACAAGGAUCCAUCGUCAGAAUCCGAGCACGAUGAAACCGCCAGUGACGACGAACCUGAGGACAAGCGAGCAGCUCCCAGAGGGCGCGGAACCAAGAGCCUUGCCAUACACAAGAAGGCCGCUGACGAGAAAGAGCUAUGGAAACCCGGCGCGAAGCUUGCACCAGGAACACAACUGAUCAUCAAGAAACCAAAGGCUCGAGAUGCAGGCGACACGCCGUACUUGGAUCACACAAUCCACCCGAAUACUAUGCUGUUCCUUAAGGACUUGACGGCUAAUAACGACCGCCAAUGGCUGAAGCAUUUUACCACUUUUGCGGAGAAGGUAUCCGAGAAGAUCAUCGAGGCAGACGAGACCAUCCCAGAGUUGCCUGUCAAAGAUGUAGUGCAACCCAAUGGUGGUAGCUUCGUAGGUAUGUUCGAUUCUCCUCUCUUCGUCUUCGCGGAGACACCCGAGCCGCGAGCUGUCGUGGAACUCAAGCGCCGUGCGGAGUGA